GUCGGGCGGCGUGGAGGCGGGUACGGUCACCUUGCGGGCCCAGCCACUUGGACCGGGAAAGCGCAGCUCCGUCGCCCCCCGCGGCCGCCGAUGGUACAGCCCGGUCGGGUUAAGCAGGCGGACUGAGCUAACCUCCAAGGAGACAGUAUGGGGCUGCGCGCGGGUGGAGCGCUCCGCAGGGUGGGCACCAGGCCCGGGGCGCCCGAGGGCCGGGACCCCGGCGGUGCUCAGGGAGGCAGCAUCCACUCGGGCUGCAUCGCCGCGGUGCACAACGUGCCAAUCAGCGUGCUCAUCCGGCCGCUGCCGUCCGUACUGGACCCGGCCAAGGUGCAGAGCCUCGUGGACACGAUCCUGGAGGACCCUGACAGCGUGCCCCCCAUCGAUGUCCUCUGGAUCAAAGGGGCCCAGGGUGGUGACUACUACUACUCCUUCGGGGGCUGCCACCGCUAUGCCGCCUACCAGCAGCUACAGAGAGAGACCAUUCCUGCCAAGCUCGUGCAGUCCACCCUUUCAGACCUGAGGGUGUACCUGGGUGCAUCCACACCAGACUUGCAGUAGAAACCUCCUGCUCACCCCACCCCCUGCACACCAGCUCGACCUUGCAGAGCCCAGAAGAUACGCGUGGCCCCUAGCGGGCGGAAGCUGUAGCAGGGAUAUGUUCUCUCUAUUCCUAAGGAGGGAGGUCUGCCUCUUGGUGCCUCUGCGCUAGUCCCCAGGCCCGAGAAUAAGGGAGCCCAGCUCCCCUGAUGUGAAAAGAUGUCAUGGCCUUGACUCUGAAGGAGUACCAAGAGGAGUAAGUGAGAAAGGAGAUGGACCUGGAGACAAGGACUUGUUCCGUUCUUAUCUUUAUGAUAGCCUAUCACUUCAUGAACUAGGAAGUAGAGGAAAACUUAGUUCACCAAGGCUUAAGUGAGAGAGGCUUGUUUUCCCCAUAGCUUGAGUCCCGGAACAGAUGACUCACACAGUACUGGGUCAACAGCUCGGUGAAGGUGGGGCCUCCCUUUAGGUAAUCCUUUGGCCUUGCCCUCAUGGCCCCUUACUUCGUGGUCACAAGAUGGCUGCUAUAUCUCUAGGAAUCUUAUCUGUGCUCAAGGAAGAAACCCACUAGACCUUCUAUCAGAAAGGAAAACCUUCAGAAUAUCUGCACAGAAUCCUUGGUCAGAGCUAGCCACCAUUGGCACCCACAGUGGCAAAGGGGACGCUGUCACAGCUGAGCAUGACUGCCUUGUUCAUCCCUUGGAAGUGGCACUGUGUCUCCUGCAACCAAAUUGGGAUCCCAUUAGCGGGAGAGGAAGAAGUAUGUAUCAGUUAGUCCUUGCUGCAUAACAAGCCAUUCCCAAACUUAACGGCUAAAACAAAGUAUUCAUUUACCCAUGAUUCUGUGGGUGAGCACUUGGGGCUAGGCUCCCUUGGGCAGCUCUGCUGGUAUGGCCUGGUCCUGCUCAUGAGCCCGCCAUCAGCUGUCACCUCAGCUGGGGCUGGCUAGGCUGGGAUCACCUUACUCCUUCUGUGGCACAUGUUGACUGGAUUGGCUUGGUCAUCCUUGUUGCCUCUAGAGGGUCAGCUCAGGCUUACUCUCGAGAUGGCCCCAGAGUUCCAAUGAGAGUAAUAGUGAGGAGGCAGGUACUGGCUCGCUGUUAAGAGCACCUACAUGGUUACUCGUGACUGUAACCCCAGCUCCAGAGGACCUGACACCCUCUCCCAGCCUCUGUGGGUACCAGACACAUGGUCCACGGACAUACAUAUGCAAGCAAAGCACCCACAUACAUAGUUUUUGUGGUUUUUGUUUGUUUGUUUUGUUCUGUUUUAAGGUGACAAGAUAUCAUCAGCCCUUGUCUAGGACAAUGUCACUGCUGCUA